AUGUCUUACCAGUGCAAACAACCUUGCCUCCCUCCCCCCUGCCUGAAGGGUGCCACCGUCUGCGUGGGUCCUGGAACCACUGUCUGCAUCUCCCCGUCGCAAAGCCAGGACAUCGACGUCUGCGACUCUCCCACCGGGGCCAUCUGCGCGUCCCAAGGCCAAAGCUCGGGCCAGUGCACCAAAAUUUGCCACGAGGGUUGCGGACCCGUGGUAUUGACUCCGGUGCAGACCCAAAGCUUCUCUCCCUGUGCCACCAUCUCUGUGAGCCAGAACCAGGGGCAAAACAGCACCGUUUGCGUCCCCCAACCACAGGGCUGCCAGUGUGCGGCCUGCUGUGGAUCUGUGGCCCCCAUCCAGAGCCAAGGUGGCUGUGCCCCCGUCUGCGCUUCCCCUGUAUGCCUCUCUCCUGUCGCAGCGCCGCUGGCCCCUGCCGUGGUGCUCUGCCAAGACCCCUGUUGCAAUGUCUGUGCUGCCUCCAAGGGGGCCACCAAGUGUGCCACGAAAUGCGCCGCACCUGAGCCCGUGGCUUGCAUGGAUCCCUGCAAGGGCGUGAAGUGUGUGAAAAGUUGUGAUGACACGGUCUGUGCGAAGGGGUGCCAGUCGGCAAACCAGUGCAACGUGAAGAAAUGCUGA